GUGAAAUAAACAUGGAAAGUUAAAAGGCCAUGAGAGUAAAAGAAGACAACUCCCAAUUCCUCUUUUACAAAAUAAACAAGUGCAGGCCCUCACGAGGCAACCAGUGUACCUCCCCCGCAGAAGCCGGAGACCUCUCAAAAUAAAUACCCCCAAAAGGAAGCAAAGCAGAGUAGAAGAGAGAGAGAUGAAGAAGGAAAUCCGGCAAAGAGAGACGGAGAAGAGAGCAGACAAAGCUUUUGGGAAGCAAUGGGAGUGGUGCGAGGGGGCGCCGGAGGUGUUCGUCUGCCCCAUCUCCCGUGAGCCGAUGCGCGACCCCGUCACCCUCUGCACCGGACAGACCUACGACCGCUCCAGCAUCCUCACCUGGCUAGCCUCUGGUGGACUCACCUGCCCCGCCACCAACACCCCGCUCUCCGACACCUCUCUCACCCCCAACUCCACCCUCCGCCGCCUCAUCCAAUCGCAUUUCUCCCAGAAUUCUCUCUCCACCUCAGCCUCUCUCCUCGUCCAUCGCCUCAAGGUGGCCAAACGUCGGCCCCAUCGCAUCUCCGCCCUCUCUUCCCUACUUUCUCUUGCUAGAUCGCACGAGGAGGCGAUGGAAGUUCUUGCGAAUCUUGACGUUCCAUCUCUUCUUGCGCAAUCUCUUACCCCUCUUACUCCUCCCUCUGUAGCUGCCUUAUCGGCUGACCUCCUCUCUCUCCUCCCCCUCAACCCUGACGUGCUCUCUCUUCUCCGACACCCUGACGCUUUCUCUCUCCUUGUCGAUCUCCUCCAUGAGGCCCCCGCUGCCUCACAGGUGGCUGCGGCCUCAGUGCUCCAUUCUGCCAUUGCUACUGCUCCUCCAGAUUUUGGGAGUGUUUCGAGUUUUAGGCUCCUUUUUGGAGCUCUUCGCCUCGCGAGAUCGCCGCGUUCUGAGUCCUUUUCUGCCGGUGUCCGGCUGCUCCAUGCCGUUUGUCGGUGGGCUGAGGCCCGGACGCUGCUUAUGAGGGCGGGCGCUAUCCCUUGCCUCCUCGACAUCCUCCCUGUAGCCGAGGGCGCCGAUGCUCAGACGUGCAUGGAGGUACUAGAGCAACUAUCAAAAGAGGGAGCUGAGGCUCUCAGAUCCUGCGAAAGAGCGGUCCCUAAUAUCGUAAACACCCUAAUGAGGGUGUCAGAGAGGUGCACGGCACUCGGCCUCUCCGUUCUUCUAAGGCUCUGCACUCAUGGUGCAGGCAUAGGUAUGGAGGCUAAGCUCGCUGCUAAGCUUUUGUUAAUUCUACAGAGCACGUGCGAGCCUGCGGUUAAGCAAAGAGCACGGAACCUACUAAAGCUUUGCAGUCGUGGCCAUGGCGAGGGGUUGAGUAUGUUUGCCUCCAAGUGUGGGCUCGAUUUGUCAUACACCAUACAUUGAAAGCGGUGCCGAAGAUCUGUUUGUGCAGGUUGUGUAUUGAGGCUACAAAAGUAGUCUCACUCGAAGUUUUUGUGGACAGAUGAUGAUGAGUUAGGGUCUAGACGGCACAAGAUCGUUCAGAGGUGUGUCUUGUGGAGCGACACGCUCUCUUUGUAUGCUCCUUUGGAGAAAUUAGAAUCUUAAGGAUAGAGAGAAAAAGUGGCACACUCUGUAUAUUUGCCUUGGUUGAAAGAAAUCAGAGAGGCAGAGAGAAAAGUAGAAGUGUAGUACUCCUCUUGAUUGCUCUGGAGUUGAUCAGAAUGCGAAAAACAUGAUCUCGAAGAAAGCUAAGCUUCGGUAAUUGAGAAAUUCAGGAAAGCUAAGCUUCGGUAAUUGAGAAAUUCAGGAAUCUGUCGGUGGGGAAACAUGUAAAUUUGAUUGUGUAUGUUCAAAUGCCGAUCGAGGCGAAAUUUUUAUGGAUAGAGAGCCUUAGUUUUAAUUACUGUUUUAGAAUACCAACUCCAUCGGCCCUCUCUAUUGGCUUGAUUAGUUAUGGGGUUGAAAAUGGCAAAACUCAAGGGUUAGCACAAUUAAACAAGUCAUCUAUUCCAAUGCCAUGGCAGAGGCAAAACAUACAGUACCCUGUUAUGAGUAUUGUGGUGCUCAGAUAGGCAAUGCACUGUCCAAUCUUAUCUACAAACGGCGAGGAUGACUGAUGACCAACUGCAGUGCUGUUAGUCCUAACAGGGAGCAAUGGUGAAUCUCACCAGUCGUCGAAGUCGCAUACCGUGGACGGUCUGACAGAGCACCGUAUUGUAUACUCUCCAGGCAGUAUAAUAUCAGCACCUAGACCAAAAUAUUCUCUCACUGAUGGCAACAUUUACAUAUUCAUUGUCAUGGUAGAAACCAUAACAUCACCCCAAAAAUCUUCAUCCAUGAUGCUUGUGUUGUUGUUCCCUAGCACAUUGUGUGCUUUCAGAUGUCUUGUCUAACAUGCAAGAUGUAAAUGGGGAUUAA